AUGCCAGGGGCACCCAAGAAGAAAAGAAGAAAGGGAGUUGAUGAAGGCCCGGUUGGAGACAAGAAGCAGAAGAUCACCAAGAUGAAGAGGGUAUAUAAAGAGGGUUCAUGCCGUCAUUGUGGUGGCAAGGGUCACGACAAGAGAAAUUGUGCUAAGAAGAAGGCUGAUGACAAGGCUGCAGCUGUGGCAGCUGCUGCAGCUGCUGCUGCUGCUACUGAAGCUAAUACAAGAAAUAAUCAACAACCUCUCCCUGCUGCACCUGAAGUCCCAGAUGAGGGCAAUGCUACUGAGAUUGAGGUUGGCAUGAGUCAACCAAUAGUGUCAGAAAAUGAAAAUGAAAAUGAAGAAGCCCACCAGGUAAAUCAGCCCCAGGCAAGGCCACCAAAGCUCACUCAAAAAAGAAGACAACCUCCACCACCUGCAACAGCUUCGAUUCCUCCAGCAGCAACCAGUCCUCCUCCUCCAACUGUUUCAAAUGCUCCUCCACCAGCCACUGUUCCAAUUUCAAAUACUCCACCUUUGACAAGUGCUUCUAUCGAUCCAAUGGUUGGUGCAUCAGCAGCUACAGCUUCAAGGUUGCGUAACGCCAUGCGUUUUGUUCCAACUCCAGGGUUCAAACCACCAAGAAAAUUCAACAAAUGA